AUGGACACUGCGGAGGCGGCGGCGUUGCACUUGACGGCGAUCUUCGAGAAAAUGGAGGUGCCGUGCAGGGUGCAGAAUACGAGCGAAAAGGGAAAACACGUGGUCGCAACAGCCGAUAUCCCGGCGCAACGAGAUAUUUUUGAAGAGGUACCCAUCGUGUCGUGGCCGGCGCAGGGGUACGUGGCACUCGGUAUUCCCUUCUGCACACACUGUCUUCGUCAACGGGCAAAUACAGCUGCAACACAAAAGCAGGAUGAUAGUACAUGGCACACCUGUGAUGGUUGUGGCUCAUAUUUUUGUUCGACUAAAUGUGAGUCCGCCGGCAAGCUCGCUCACCGCAUUUUGUGUGGUGCGCUACGGCUGCUUCGUGAAGAGGAGCAUGUUGAGUUGCCUGACGCGGAGGCCGGUGGCAGUUCCAGCCGCCCCAUUACGAAAGAGUCCUUGGCACGGUGUGUUGCCUGGGUUGUGGCUCGCAUCGCGGCAUCCAUCAAACAACAGCAGUUUAGUGGGGUUCUGCUGGAGACGCAGCACACGGAGCACGCAGACAGCGUUGCCCGGCAGUUGUUCCACCUCGCCUGUGCGCCGUUUAACCGUCUUAUCGAUGCCCCCAAAGGCACAGAGUUCAGUGAUGUGGACGCUGCCUCCUGGUACGGGGCCGUGGAUCGUUUGCUGCGCGGGCCCUGCCACGCCGUCCUUUUGGAGGCAAUUUCGCCACCGCAAUCGGAGAGCGCAGCUUGGGCGCAAGAAAUUGUGGACGCUCUGUUGCGUCACGACACGCUGGAAACGUUUCUAGGUCAAAUGUCGCUGAAUUCGCAGGCCAUAAACGGCUUCAUCGUCUACUCCUCGCCGGCUGCAGCAGGGGCCGCUUCUGCAGCUCCCUCCGUGGAGUGGGUGCUCAAGGGCGGGGGGGUGUAUACGCUGCAAUCUGCCUUUAACCACUCGUGUGACCCCAACCUUGCCGUGAGUACGGUAGACGGCACACACGAGAUUAGGCUGCGCACGCUUCGUCCGGUGCAGAGCGGAGAGGAGCUGACGAUAACAUACAUCCCACUGGAGAACACCACAACUGAGCAACGGCAUGCCAUGUUGAAAGGGUAUUUUUUUACGUGCCGAUGCCAUCGGUGCCAAGAGGGGAAGUAA